GACGUAAUCACGGACCAAAUACAAUGCCUCGGCAAGCGCAUGGAAGACCGUUGCAGCCAGGCAAAAUCAUCAACUCUACAAAGAAAAAGCCAGCCAAGAAUCGCAGACUCAAUGCCCUCGAGAUCGCCGAACGAGAGAACCCGGACGAGACCAAAAUCCGACAACAUCGACUUGGUAUAGUCGAUGAUGACUCGGACGAACCACGCAAUCGCGCAGAUGUGGACGAGCGGUCGUCAAAGAGGAGGAAGAUUGCCACGACAGAAGAGGAUGAAUCUGUAGAUGAAGGCUCCGACCUCGAAGGAAACCGGUGGCACGUGGGUGUCGAUGACGAGGACGAAGACAGUGAUAUUGACAGUGAGGAUGCCUUUGGUGCAAGUGAUGAAGAGCGCUUUGCAGAUUUCACAUUCCGUGGCAGCACUAGCACUCAUGCAGAGGCUAAGAAGCGGACUCGUCCUUCAGCCCAUGAUCUCGACGAGACUGAACAUGACGGCGAAGACGAAGAAGAAGAUGAUGAUCUUGGAGAUGAAGCAGUCGAUCUGGCUACCGCUUGGGAUAUGGAUGAUGAGUCCGACGCCGAGGGAGGCAGGAAGAAAAGGCCAAAGGACAACCGCGGCUUAGAGAGCGAUGCUGAGGAAGAUGGAGACUCAGAGUCUAUGUCUUCCGAUGAUGAAGCGUCGGAACCCGACAACGAUCGAGUCUCGCUCUUCUCUGUGUCGGACGAUGAUGGCGACCAUUCCCGUUUGCAAAACUUUGUCGAGGAACUCUCCAGUGGAAGACCGGAUACUGCGUCGAAGAAAAAGCGGAUGCAAAGCAAUCUACCUGACAAGCCGUCGCAGUUUGGUCUAAGCACUUCGAAAAUCACGGCAGCAGACCUCAUGCCUUAUAUCAAAGAUCCUCGCCAAAGACAAUCAUUAAAGAUUUUGCAGAACAAUGAGGAGACGGGCGAUGGAGCUCAUAAGGGUGGUAUUCCAGGGAAGCUUGCACCGCCACUGGCCAAGCGGCAGCAAGACCGUCUUGACCGUUCCGCCGCAUAUGAAGAGACUAAAAAGGAACUCGGAAAAUGGGUUGAGACUGUCAAACACAAUCGACGAGCAGAGCAUAUUUCCUUUCCUCUGGUCGACCCUGCAGUAGCCGGUGCAUUGACAAGCAAGCAACUUGGACCGAUGUCUAAAUCGCAACCCAUGACCUCCCUGGAGGCAAAGAUCCAAGACAUCAUGGUGGAAAGUGGCAUGAUGUCCAAAGAACAAGGCUCGCUCAAUGAGCAGGAACGGGCUUACGAAGAGCUUCAUGAAAAGAGGCUUCCCCUUGAAGAAGUACAGGCCCGUCAAAUGGAGCUCAGGAAGGCAAGAGACCUAAUGUUCCGUGAAGAGAUCCGGGCGCGACGGAUCAAGAAGAUCAAGAGCAAGGCCUAUCGUCGUGUACAUCGGAAAGAACGAGAGAAAGCCAACCAGGAACAUCAGUCUUUGCUGGCUGCACAGGGUUUGGUCGAUUCUGAGGAAGAUCGAGAGAAGAAUGAUCGUCGACGUGCCGAGGAACGUAUGGGAGCGCGACAUCGGGAAAGUAAGUGGGCAAAAAGUGUCAAGGCCAUGGGUAGAGCAGCUUGGGAUGAAGAUGCGCGGCAUGGCGUCACAGAUCUUGCUCGAAGAGAUGAAGAACUUCGGAGGCGCAUUGAAGGCAAGACAGCCAGCGGUUCAGACGACGAGGGGCCCGGGUCAUCAGAUUCAGACGGAUUGUCAGGUUCUGAUGACGAGGAAGCAAGAUUCCAAAGCAAGCUUGACAGCCUUGACCAGGAUGGUCCUGGUGAUGUCGAGACUCGUUUGGGCAAUAUGGCCUUCAUGAAAAAGGCAGAAGCUGCCAGGAAAGCUGCCAACGAUGCAGAGCUUCGAAGUCUAAGACGAGGCUUGCGUGAGGAUGGGGAAGGUGAUUCGGCGGAAGGAUUGGACUCUGAUGAUGACGAGGCCAUUGGGCGUCUCAAAUUCGGGACUCGGAAACAAAAGGAGCUGCCCGAGCCCCCGGUGUCUAUUCAGAAGAGCGAGUUCGAAGAGCGCGAGUCGGAUGCCGAGUUCGACGAGGGCGAAGAUGGCGAAGAAGAAUCUGGACCAGGGGUCCGCAAGACAUCGUCCAGCAUUGUACCUGUGAAGAAUGGCACGUCGAACCGUUCGCAAGCUUCAGCGCCUGUCAAGAGCGGCAAGGCAACUGCGAACGAAACGCUCAGGUCUAGGGGCAUGAAAACAAGCGCCCCCCGGCCCGCCUCGAAAGGGACGGCAAUAUCCAAAAACCAGGCCAAAGUCCCGCAGACUAACCUUGACGACUACACUAGUCCCUCAGAAUCCGAAGGGGAAGCCGAAGCCGAGCAAGACACCAAAUCUGCUCUUGCGAAUGCCAUCUUUGCCGGUCUCGAUGAUGUUGAGCAAGACUUUGCCAAAGAGAAGAAGGAAGUGGAAGCAGAAGAAGGCGACCAGGUGGUCGAUAACAGCUUACCUGGCUGGGGAAACUGGACUGGGGAGGGUAUCAGCAAAAAAGCGCAAAAGCGCACCAAAGGACGGUUCCUCACCACCAUCAAGGGUGUCGCCAAAGACAAGCGACAAGACGCCAAACUCGAUCGAGUGAUCAUCAACGAGAAGAAACAGGUCAAGAAGCACGGCAAGUACCUGGCAACCGAACUGCCUCAUCCAUUCGAGUCGCGCCAGCAAUACGAGCGGUCUCUUCGUCUACCUCUGGGUCCUGAGUGGACUACGAAGACUACCUUCCAGGACGCGACCAAACCCCGGGUUCUGAUGAAGCAGGGUAUCAUUCGGCCAAUGACGCGGCCUCUGGUGUAGUUUGACGUGAAAUAUAU